CCACGUCUAAUCCAACCACCGUCACCGCAUCUCUUAACAGCUGAAGAGCUCCCGCAGUCCUCCGCUCCAGACUCGAUCAAUUGCUCUCUCUGGGGAAGUUAUCCAUGCGAUGAUGGACCUAAUUAAUGUUUUGGGUUGUUUGAAUCCAUAGGGGAGGAAUUCUUAUUUAUCCUUUUGAUCAGGAAAUCAUAAAUGGCACAGUCUAUGAUUUUGAUUUCUGCAAGCCUCCCUAAAGUUGGUUUUAAUCCUCAGACCAGAGUUCCAUGUGGAAGGUAUGGAACAUGUCUUUUGCGAUCCUCCCCGGGGUUUUUUUCUGUCAGGGCUGUGCAAGAGAAUGGAGGUCCUAGAAGACUGGUUGACAUUAUCAGGCUUGUGCCAGAUAUCUCAAGGAAUUACUUUAGAAGCCCUUCCCGAAGGGCACUUUUUGGUGGCAUCUCAUUGUUGGGUGGCUUUUAUGUAGCACAAACAAUCUCUUUGUCAUUUGGGGCAUUGGGAGUCAAUGAUGUGAUUGCUGCAGUGUUAUGUGUUCUCCUGACAGAGUAUGUGACCAGGUUUUAUUACAGCCGGCCAAAGGUAACCUUCCCGGUUGCUCUUCUCAACAACUUCAAGAUGGGGUUCACUUAUGGACUCUUCAUUGAUGCCUUUAAGCUUGCUAGUUGAUUAUAUAUUGCCAAUUGUCUUGACAUAUGCCAGACAAGCUUUGGUAUUUAGUUUGUAAAACUUUUUCAUCCCUCAGACCUCAGAUAAUAGAUACUUUGGAUAUGUACAUAUUGCCUUAUUCUUUGCUUUUAUCUAUAUUCUUCCCAUUACUCUGUUUUCCCAUCCUUGCCAUUCUUGACUCUCUAGUUCUUCACAUGUGGGAUGUCAAUGUGGUUG